AAUUGAUCAGUCAACAAUUUUUACAAUUCUUAUAGAGGAUUAUAUUUAGUUCUCAUCGAAAUAGAUCACCGUACGGUAUUGUUAAAUGAGUGCAGCCAUCUAAUCUAUAAUAGAUUCACUAAUCUUAAUCGAGAAUGGAUAAGCUGGUGCUAAUUACUUAUUGCAUUUUGAUUUUACAGAUAUUACAGAAGCAUUGCUUAGGAGGCGUCAUACAUCAGAGUCCAUCCAUCCGAAUACAUCCAACAGCUCAUGAAUCCACAAUCGAUGAAUCCGAUGAAGACAUAUCCAUUGAAGAUGAGCGAGGUGGUCAGCCACGACGCUUUCCACUGCUGCCGAUGAUGACGUCAUCGACGGGCUCUCGACUGAACACAGUGGAGCUGGUGAUCCGACCCGACGAGAGUGAGGUGGAGAGGGCGGAGCGCACCAAUCGCGAGUUCGAGAAGCUCAUUCAGUUGGCCACGAUCGUCGGGCAGGUGGACUCGUUCAUCACGCACAAGGCACGCAUCAUCAUCCGGGCGCUGGCAAAGCUCACUGAAGAAGACGAGGCUGAUAUUCGCCACUACCACUGAACCACUACCACGUUAAUGAGAUUAACGUCAUAAAAUGGUGUCUGGUAUUGGAAUACUCUUUCACAAGCCAUUGUACAGUUAAUUUAAAACCUGUUCAAUUAGUAGUAAGUUUUUAUAUUUUUGUAAUAAAACCAAUCGCUUGAAAUGUA